GUUGGCUUUUAUCGGGAAAUUUUUUUUUUAUGGCAAUAUAGAUCUUGUUUUGUUGCAAUCCCUGCUUGAUGCUUAAAACGACGAAAAUACAAGAAUCUUUAAAUCUUGCUUUAGAUAGCCAGUGAAACCAUCUUGUAAUAUGCUAUCUAUAGGCCUAUAUGAAACGACCAAAAAGAAGAUGAACAUGCUUUUCUAAUGUGUUGGCAAUACAAAAUGCAGUUGCCAAAUUUUGGAAAAUGUUUCGAGACAUAUGAAACUCUUGAAUAUGUACAAGUCAUUCUUACAAAGUUAUAUCAUAUUCGUAGGUUCAAUAAUAUAUAUUUACAGUAUAUAUAUAAUAUUAAUAUGCAAUUUCUGUAUCGCAUUCUGCUUGCGUGCAUUGCAGUCAAGUGGACUGCCGGCCUAAAAUGCCAGGUGGGGUACGAGUCGAUAUCCAGUAACUCACCAGUCACAAUAAAAACGCAAAAAUUGAAAAAAUGUCCCGUAUCAAUACCACGUCCUGCGUGUAUGAAGAUUACCUCCACGGUUGAAGGUUCCGGAAAAGCUAUAUAUUACGCGUGUUCUGCACGAGUAAGAUGUUCUAGAUUGACAUGUGCGACAUCUAAAGAAUUCAUAAAAUCGUCGAUGGGAGCAAGAUUCCGAGCCUCAAGUCCUCAAGUCUUGAGUGCUUCAAAGAAUUGCAAAAUCGCAUGUUGCGAGGAAGAUAAUUGCAAUUCAAAUGGCGCCACUGGAAAGGGAAGAACAAAAAAUGGUAGCUUCAAACCCAGAACUACCAGGCCACCACGAACAAUUCAAACUACACCUUCUACCAAGAGCACGGGUAAGCUACAAAACCCCAAGACGUCUACGCCUUUUCUUUCAAAUAGAAUCCACUCAACUAACUUCCCUAUAACUACUACGGUUUUACCAAAAACGGAGAAGCCGAAAAUUCUCCCAACAACUGUAACGAAACCGACCAAACAAUCGUCUGUGACAUCACUAUCAACAUUGCCGAUACUGACAAUCUCGGGGACAUGUAAUCUAACUGUGAGUCAAAGUUUCAAUACUGACGAGGUAAAUCGCACAACUGAUUCUACAAUCACAAAUGUUCAAACUACUUUAAACGAGUUUUUAAGUACCGCCUCAAUACCCAUCUCUGCACUUUCUGUACAAACCGACGAAACUAUAUAUGAAUCACCCGUGUUCACAAAGGCUGCAAAUCAAAAGUCAAAAUCUUCCGGGGAUUCUCCACCAUUUGAUGAUGCUUUCAUAGUUACGGAAAAUAUGCCAAGGGUUUCGAUAUGGAUAACAACAAUGGAAACAUCGAAUUCAACGGAUAGUUCGAGCGAAAGUAUCACAAACAAAUUUUCAAUUCAAAACGUAGUUACAGAUAAAUACAAAAUGUCAACAACAUCUUCUGGUUCUACAACUUUUAUUGUGCAGUCAAAUGUUGGGAUACCAAUUUUAUUUUGUAUCUCGCUGAUUCUAAAUGUUUUCUCGUAAAUUACGUUUACCUUACUUGUAUACUCACAGUUCAUAUGAAUAAAAAAGUUAUAAAGGAUUUUUGGAAUUAAUUAUUCUAACUGCUCAGACCAAAAAAAACGUUUUUACUUUUUUGUUUUGUUUAUUAAAAUAUAAACUUUGUAUACCUAAUGUAUUAUUGUCUCCUUUCACGCUCUGUCUCUUUUAAUACAGUAUUAAUCACAUUUCUAUGGUGUCACGUUUAUGUCGAAUUAUUGGACACAAAAUGUACACAUGAAUGGCUUUGGUAAUAUGUUGUUGUUCUUGUAAGUAAUUAUUUUAUCGUCUUUUUGUGGAAAAAUCGCUUUUCUCAUUAGCUACCGGACCAAUUACUUCAAAGUUGCAGUGGUUGAAACUUCCAUUUUCGCUAGAAGACUAUUUCUGUUAUUAAUUUUAAAAAAUACUGUGGGAUCUAGUGGAUUCAUUUUUUUGUGCAAGAACGUCAUCAAAUUCAAAAUUGCGCAACCCCCGGCGGUUCCGUGUUCCCGUCAGUGGUCAGGUGACUGCGAUUUAGGUAGUCUACUGUGACUUCGUACUUCGUGUUUAUCGCUUCCUUGUUCAUAAAUUAAUGCAUAUAUCAUAUGUCAAUAGUGAUAACACUUUACUUGCAAAUAUACAGCACAGUGGUAUGAAUUUUGUUCAGCCAACC